AUGGAAAGAUCGAAUGGUCUAUUCGUAGAUCUUACAGGGGUCUUUGCUGGGAUCGUCUACCAAUCCAUGUGGCGGGUUCGACUUUGUCCUCAGGCGUUAUGCAUAGUAGCGGGGAAUCCUGGCCGUCAUUCGUCGUUGGCGCCGUCUGCCCUGGCAUAUACGCAACACGGCAGCGGCAAGAAAAGUUAUCCCCCCUCCAUCGAGCGAAUGGGCGAACGAAGCCCAACACCACUAGGAUAUAUCCCAUGCAAGCUUUUUCAUUCACUUUAUGUUUCUGCCCCUGAACAAACAGAAGAGCCGUUUGCUUUUUUCGACCUCUGGGUCGCUAAGUGUGGCGGUAAAGUUGAUUUCAAUUCUUUGCUUCUUGAGUUAGAUUUCCCUUCUACCGACUCGACCGAGGGAGCGGCAGAAAUUCUGCAUGUGUACCUGUGGCUGCGUGGAGACAAGAAUAGCCAAUCCGGCUGGCGUAUCCACAGGGAAAAAGAAUCUUGGGCGCCAAAACUCCUUCUCCAGGUGCCCCUCAAAGACGUUUCAAAUGUUGGAUUUCUCGUGUGCAUGCCUGUGGCGUGUCUUGAUAUCAUCUUGGACUGGAGACUGAUAGGCCAGUAG